AUGAAUGAAGGUCCUAGCCCAUCUACUCCUCAUGUCUCAGAAAUUGAUGAUGACCCUGACCCUGAAAUUCACAAUCCUCCUAACCAACACAGGCCUAAUCCUACUCCACCUCCUCCUUUUACCCCAUACCAAAAUCAGGAUCCUAAACAAUUUUUCACAUUGGAUGAUAUUCCUGUUUCCAAAUGGGCUUCAAGAAUUGUUUCAAAUAUGUUACCUCUGUUGAAGCGUGGGAUAGGAGUGCACCACUCUGGCUUGCUUCCGAUCUUGAAGGAAGUGAUUGAGAUACUCUUUCAAGAAGGAUUUAUUAAGUGCUUAUUUGCCACAGAGACCUUCAGCAUAGGUUUGAACAUGCCAGCAAAAACUGUUGUGUUUACAAAUGUACGUAAAUUUGAUGGGGAUAAGUUUAGAUGGGUAUCCAGUGGAGAGUACAUACAAAUGAGUGGUCGUGCUGGCCGUCGAGGUAUUGAUGAACGUGGGAUAUGCAUCCUUAUGGUGGAUGAGAAGCUGGAGCCAUCUACAGCUAAAAUGAUGCUGAAAGGAAGUGCUGACUGUUUGAACAGUGCCUUCCAUCUAAGCUACAACAUGCUUUUGAAUCAAAUGCGAUGUGAGGAUGGUGAUCCAGAAAAUCUGCUCAGGAAUUCAUUCUAUCAGUUUCAAUCUGACCGUGCCAUUCCUGAUCUUGAGAAACAAGCAAAGGACCUUGAAGUGGAGAGAGAUUCAAUUGAAAUUGAAGAAGAGGAGAGUCUAAAGGAUUACUACAAUCUCUUACAGCAGUACAAAAGUUUGAAAAGGGAUGUACGUGAUAUUGUGUGCUCACAGAGGUACUGUUUACCCUUUUUACAGCCAGGAAGACUUGUGCGCAUCCACUGCUCAGUUAGUGAUGAAAAAACUCCAUCUUUCUCACUUGAGGAGCAGGUUACAUGGGGAGUGAUAAUCAAUUUUGAAAGGGUAAAGGGCAUUUCUGAAGAUGAUGUGAUUAGAAAGCCUGAGGAUGCAAAUUACAAAGUGGAUGUUCUUACUAGAUGCAUGGUGAACAAAGAUGGAGUUUCAAAAAAUUCGAUUAGGAUUGUUCCAUUGAAGGAAUCCGGAGAGUCAAUUGUCAUUUCCGUACACCUGGCUCAGAUUGAUAGUUUGAGUAGUAUCCGCCUUAUCAUCCCAAAGGAUCUUUUGCCAUUGCAAGCUCGAGAAAAUACUCUGAAAAAGAUCUCGGAAGUGCUUUCCAGAUUUGCUAAAGAGGGAAUGCCCUUACUAGAUCCUGAAGAAGACAUGAAGGUUCCAAGUAACUUGUACAAAAAGGCUGUCCGCCGGAUUGAGGCUUUGGAGCACCUGUUUGAAAAGCAUGAGGUUGCAAAGGCUCCACUUGUUGAGCAAAAGCUCAAAGUCUUACACAUGAAGCAGGAUUUAACAGCCAAAAUCAGGUCACUAAGGAAAGCUAUGCGUUCGUCCAGAGUCUUGGCUUUUAAAGAUGAACUUAAAGCCCGCAAACGAGUUCUUCGGAGGAUUGGAUACAUUACAACUGAUGAUGUUGUGGAGUUGAAGGGAAAAGUUGCUUGCGAGAUAAGUAGUGCAGAUGAGCUCACACUGACAGAACUCAUGUUCAAUGGGGUGUUGAAGGACAUAAAUGUGGAAGAGAUGGUUUCUCUUCUCUCUUGUUUUGUGUGGCAGGAGAAGCUACAGGAUGCCCAGAAGCCCCGGGAAGAACUCGAUUUGCUUUUUACUCAAUUACAAGAGACCGCAAGGAGGGUUGCCAAGGUCCAGCUUGAGUGCAAGGUCCAAAUUGAUGUUGAAAAAUUCGUAAAUUCUUUCCGGCCCGACAUUAUGGAGGCUGUUUAUGCUUGGGCAAAAGGUUCCAAGUUCUACGAGAUUAUGGACAUCUCACAGGUCUUUGAGGGUAGCCUGAUCAGGGCCAUCAGGAGGUUGGAGGAAGUCCUGCAGCAACUCAUACAAGCUGCAAAAUCUAUUGGAGAAACUGAGCUUGAAACAAAAUUUGAAGAGGCUGUCGCAAAGAUUAAGAGGGAUAUUGUAUUUGCAGCAUCUCUGUAUUUGUAGAUUUGGGAUGAGGGCUUCUACUGAAUUGAAAGAAAAAAAAUUAUCCUUGAUAGCAAUCCAUUCUAAUCUGCUCAAUGUGUAUUUUAGAAUUUUGGUAAGUUAUUCCUAGGAUGCAAGUUGAGAAGAUAUUUGAGAAGAUGUUUAUUAUGUAGUUCAUACCAUACAUAAUGGACAAUGCAAUUCUUUGGCUUCUGUAA